CGUCGAUCGAGGAGUCUUUUCAUUAAAGUACUCAACAGCAUGUACCUUUUGAAGUGCAUGGGUUUUGAGAAACAAGUCUUGUUCCCUCGACUAAGAUGAGCAACACGGCGGAUCCCUCGUUCCGCGAGGUCAAACCACGGCAUGGAGGCCCCGAACGCAGCACGGCGAGUUUAUUCCGGCUCGACGAUCGAACUAUUGUCAUCAGCGGCGGCGCCGGAUACCUGGGAAUGGAAGUAGCUGGAGCAGUGCUUGAAUGCGGAGGUGACGUUGUCCUGAUGGACGUGGUGGACGCGCCACCGAAACAUGCAUGGGAUCAAUUACAGCUGCUCGCAGAUAAAGUGCGGCGACUGGCGGUAUACCUCAAGGCCGAUGUCACCAGCAGCGAAAACGUCCGGCACGUCCUCGACGUACUCGUCAAAUCGUACAUCCCCCACCCUAUCAGCGGUCUGGUGACUUGCGCUGGCGUCUCGGACAACGAUCCCGCGACCGAGUUCUCCACCGAGCGCUUCCGCAGACUAAUGGACAUCAAUGUCACUGGCACAUUCGUUGUAGCACAGGCUGUGGCCGAGUUGAUGCGCAAAGAGGAUGUCAGCGGGAGCAUGGUCUUCGUCGCGAGUAUGAGCGGCACAGUAGCGAACAAAGGCGUCGACACGGCAGCCUACAACGCCUCCAAAUCCGCUGUGCUACAACUCGCCCGCUCGCUUGCGGCAGAAUGGGGUUCGCGAAAGGGCAUGCCGCUGAUUCGAGUGAAUACGCUUUCCCCUGGCUACAUCAUGACUCCUGCGACGGAGGGGGCGUUACAGAAGCCGGGGAUGAAGCAGCAGUGGGAGGGGGACAAUAUGCUCUAUCGCCUUAGCCAGCCGGAUGAGUUUCGAGCGCCGGUUAUUUUCCUGCUUGCGGAUGGGAGUAGUUUCAUGACGGGGGCGGAUUUGAGGGUUGAUGGAGGACAUUGUGCGUGGUAGACUUUCAACAC